AUGGAGAGUAGAGCAGUCCCAAGUACCAAUAAUGGUGAUAAUAUAAAGAUUGCCAUCAUCGGAGGUGGCAUUGUGGGUGUUGUGACCGCUCUAGGCCUGUUAAAACGUGGUAUCAAUGUCGAACUGUACGAGCAGGCACGAAGUCUUCGAGAAAUCGGUGCUGGUCUCGCUUUCACUACCAAUGCCCAGAGAUGCAUGGAAUUGCUGGAUCCAAAGAUAUUGGCUGCUAUGAGGGCCGUAUCAACCAAGAAUGUUAUUCCUUAUUAUAACUACGUUGACGGCUUCCACUGCGAGAGCGACGAUCAAAAUGACAUGAGCGAAAAGCAGCUCUUCCAGCUAUAUGCUGGGAACACGGGCUUCGACGGCUGCCACCGGGCCCAUUUCCUUGAUGAAUUGGUGAAGCAUCUGCCUCCGGACGUCGUCAAGUUCCAGAAGCGGUUGCACACUUAUACCGUUGGAGAUGGUGGGUUAGGAAUCACGUUGAACUUUGUGGACGGAACAAGCGCAACAGCGGACGCAGUAAUUGGCUGCGAUGGCAUCAAGUCUCGAGUGCGCCAGCUCCUUUUUGGGGAAGACAAUCCCGCCUCGUACCCAAGCUACGCCCAUCAAGUCGCCUACCGAGGUCUGAUACAGAUGGAUAAGGCACUCGCGGCUUUGGGUGAGGAAAAGGCGCUCAAUCAAUGUAUGCACAUGGGACCUAAGGGCCACAUCCUGAACUUCCCCGUGGCCCAGCAUACUCUUAUGAACGUAGUAGCCUUUGCCGACGAUGAGGGCGAAUGGCCUCACGAGAAGUUGACGGCACCGGCUACGAGAGAGGAGGUGGUAAGGUAUUUUGAGGGCUGGGGACCUGCCGUGAGGACUAUCGCGGGACUCCUAGACGACUCACUCGACAAGUGGGCGAUAUUCGACACCUACGAUCACCCGGCACCAACUUUCUCGAAAGGUUGUAUCUGCAUUGCUGGUGAUGCUGCGCAUGCGACUUCUCCGCAUCACGGUGCCGGCGCGGGCUUUGGCGUAGAGGAUGCUCUGGCCCUCGGCACAGUUAUACAAGAAGCUAUUACGACGCUGAAAGCCGGAGGAGCGAGUAAGGAGGCUGUUCUUUCCGCAUCGUUCCGGGCAUAUGAUGCUGCGCGACGCGAGCGUGCCCAGUGGCUUGUAAGGAGCUCCCGCCAGGUUUGCAAGACCUACGAGUGGGCAAAUCCAGACUGCGGGGACGAUCCGGAAUUAUGCUUGAAAGACAUAGAGUGGCGCGCGCACAAGAUCUGGUACUUUGAUAUUGACGGCAUGAUAAGGGACGCUAAAUCGGCGUAUCAGAAACUCGUACAGAAUUGUCUAGAUGGUUAG